UCUCCCUCCCGGCAGUGCAUCCCCAUCCCCCACACACGGUGGCCGUCUCUCCGGGUGAAAGCUGUCUUCCCAGCGCUACUGGCCCGACAAAAACGUUGCUGUAGCAGAGCCAGUCCGCAGCGAUCCGAAGCUCAGCAGACCCACGAGAGAAAGAAACGCACACAGAGAGUCUUUUACUGUUCCACCGAGUGGUUUUGAUUUGCAUAUCCACUUCCACUCCUCCCUCAUUUGCAUACAGCAAGAAUGGCGAGCGGGCAUCCCACAGACAAAUUCAGUUUCAUGUAUCAACCAGACACGCACAAGAGUAAAAGCAGGUUAUCUUCAGCCAUGAAUCCAGUCUACAGUCCUGUUCAGCCUGGCACUCCUUAUGGAAACCCCAAGAACAUGGCCUUCACAGCCUAUCCAGGAGGGUAUCCAGCCACAGCUCCCACCUACACUCCGAACCUCUAUCAAACAGGCAGUCCUGGGUAUCCACCAGGAUACACCCCAGCGGGAACCCCAUACAAAGUGCCCCCCACUCAGUCAAAUGGAGCACCUCCUCCCUACACCCCCACUCCCACCCCAUACCCCACAGCUAUGUACCCCAUCCGCAGUGCCUACCCUCAGCAGAACAUUUACGCACAGGGAGCAUACUACACCCAACCAGUAUAUGCGGCCCAGCCACAUGUGAUCCAUCACACCACUGUGGUGCAGCCCAACAGCAUCCCCUCCACAGCCCUCUACCCUGCCCCAGUCCCUGUUCCUGCCCCCCGCAACAACGGCAUGCCUACCAUGGGGAUGGUAGCCGGGACAACCAUGGCCAUGAGCGCAGGGACUCUGCUGACAACACCCCAGCACCCACCAAUUGGAGCACACCCAGUUACUGUUCCAACCUACAGGCCCCAGGGGACCCCUGGUUACAGCUACGUACCGCCUCACUGGUAGAGCCCACCCAUCAUGCCACCAGAUCUGGAGUCCACCAUCGUAUGCAACUGCUCAAAUGUUACACGAGCUCCCAGCGGUAACCACGAGAACUCGGCACCUGUCUGCAAGAACAAAACUAAAGUGCAACAGCCACUUUACUACUAUUAUUAUUAUUAUUAUGCGACAUUCUCUAGUGUUUUUACAAAGGCUGCUUUUGUUUUUAUUAUUCUCUCUUCUGUUUAUUUGCCAACCAGUCAUUACGGUCUUAUUUUAUUUCCUCUCGAUUGUUUAGUUUGAAUUCCUCUAUUUUUUAUUUUAUUUUAUUUUUAUUUUUGCCGCGUCUUUCAUUGGAACUCCAGAAAGGACUCUCGACCAAUCCCAGGUGUCGGUUGGUCGCUCCUGUUUUUGUGUUGUGCUGGUGUGUGUGCUCCCCGCCUGCUGCUGCCGCCGCUGCUGCUGCUCAGUUUGCUGGAAAAUAUUGGGCAUCAUCAUCAUCAUCAAAGACUAUUGACUAAUGCUGCCAAAUUUUCUAACGACUAGAUAUCAGCACAGGGUUUUAACAUCAUCAGAUCAUUUUUUCCCCCUGCUUUUAAGGGGGUAAUAACAUUUUUAAAUGUCCUUUAUACUACUAACCUCAAUUGCU